AGAGAGAGAGAGAGAGGGGGGGAGAGAGAGGCGUUUAAAGUCCACUUGGUUUAUCUUCAGCUCCAGGAAACGUUCGUAUCUUCCUCUCCGGAGGGAAUUUGUACAUGAUUCAGGUUCCUUGGGUUCCCAGUACAGCUCUGUGGAAGAGGCUGCCUGUGUGUGCCAGUGAGUGUUUGUGAGUCCCAGGGUGACCAUGUUUGUGUGAGUGCCUUUGCAUGCGUAUACACCCUGGUCGGAGAGUGUGCGUGUCUUGUCUGUCUGUGUGUGUGUGUGGGUGUGUGUUUGUGUCCCAGCGGAGAUGCAGGGAGCUCCGUCCUCCGCGCUUUGCUUCCUGCUGCUGAGCUGCUGUGUGUGUGCAGCAGCCGGCUACCCGUUCAGCACGCCCCUGGACCUGGAUGUGACUCCACGCGUCACCGUGUUGAACAGCGCUCUGCAGGGCUGCAGACGUUUCCCGUCCUCGGCAGUCGGCACCAUGUUGCUGGAGGCCGACAGCGAGCGUCUCUUCGUCGGGGCCCGCGGAGCAGUUUUUGCUCUCGAUGCCUCUGACAUUUCAGCCAGCUCUGCUCUCACCAUUGAAUGGGAAGCCUCCCCCGAGCAAAAACACCAGUGUCUGCUCAAGGGAAAAGACAAUGAGACGGAGUGUUUCAAUCACAUCCGCUUCCUCCAGAGGUUCAACUCGACCCACCUCUACAUGUGUGGGACGCAUGCCUUCAGCCCCCUCUGUGCAUACAUAAAUGAGGCGACGUUUGUGAUGUCGUCUCAGCCCGAAGAGGGCCGAGACAAAUGCCCCUACGGCCCGACGACGGGCUACACUGCCCUCCUCGUCGACCAGCAGAUGUACACGGCUUCCCAGUACGAGUUCCGGAGCUUUCCGGAUAUCCGCCGCAACUCUCCGUCCCCCGCGCUGAAGACCGAAGACGCCCCCACGCGCUGGCUGAACGAGGCAGACUUUGUGGGCUCGGCGCUCGUGAGGGAGAGUUUGGGCAGCAGCACCGGCGACGAUGACAAGAUCUACUACUUCUUCACCGAGAAGAGCCCGGAGCAGACGACAACCUACCGCCACAGCCGGGUGGCACGAGUCGCUCGCGUCUGUAAGGGGGACCGGGGAGGCCGCUUAACUCUCCAGAAACGGUGGACGUCCUUCCUCAAGGCCAGGCUGACGUGUUCUCUGCCCGAGUACGACUUCCACUUCAACAUGCUGCGCAGCAUGUUUGUCAUGCCUGGCCCGACUCCUCGGGACACGCUCUUCUACGGAGUCUUCGGCCUGGAGUGGAAAAACGUGAAGGCGUCUGCUGUGUGUCGAUUCUCUCUGUCUGACGUCCAAGAGGCCUUUCAAGGACCAUACAUGGAGAACCAGGACUCUGGCUCCAAGUGGGAGGAGUACACUGGAAAAAUCCCUGACCCCAGACCUGGAACGUGUGUCACUGACUCUCUGAGGGCCCGGGGCAUCAACUUCUCCACCUCCCUCCCCGACGAUGUACUGAACUUUGUCCGGAGGCAUCCGCUGAUGUCUCGGCAGGUCCAACCUUCGGACAGACGACCACUUCUGUUCAGGCGGACCACAGACUACACGCGCGCCGCCGUAACCGCGGUGCGCGGCUUAGAUGGGAGAACGUACCAUGUAUUGUACAUGGGGACCGAUGACGGCUGGUUACAUAAAGCUGUAGAAAUCAACAGUCAGCUUCACAUUAUCGAGGAGCUCCAGCUGUUUGAGAAACCGCAGCCUGUUAGCAACCUGCUGCUGUCAGCAAAACAGAUGAGUGUAUAUGUGAGCUCUCCGUCAGGCGUGAUGCAGCUUCCCCUCUCUAGCUGUCACAGAUACACCUCCUGCUACGACUGCAUCUUUGCCAGAGACCCUCACUGUGCCUGGAAUGGAACCCGGUGUGUGGCUGUAAUGGCUCAAGCAGACAGAUCCACUUUAAUCCAGGACGUCCAGCAGGGAAGCAAAGGAUGUGAAAACACACAAGUUGACGUUGCCGUGCGGAGCCGCUCGGUGCGGGUGGGCGACGACGUGCUGCUGCAGUGCGAGCUCAGCUCAAACCUGGCGACGCCCCUCUGGACUCUGGACGGCGGCGAGCUGCAGGGCUACGGCCUCAACUCCGGCUUCAGAACCGGCACGGACGGCCUGCUGAUCAUCGAGGCCCGGCAGGACCAAAGCGGGCUGUACACCUGCUUCGCUGUCGAGAACGGCAUCAAGGUUGCCAUGGUUACCUUCAACGUCACCAUCCGUCCGGACCUGCCCCCUCCCCCGCCUGUUGAGCCAACUCGGGUCCCUUACAGAUUCUUUGCCACCCUGCCGGCCCCCACUGAGCAUCCCUCCUCCGAGAGGCCAGCGGCCCCGGCACCUCGCCUCCCCCACUCAGAGCUACUCUCCUCCAGGAACAUGGAGGCCAUAUAUCUGUCCCUCAUCACCAUCCUCGGAAGCCUGUGUGUGGUCCUCACCGUGGUGCUGGUCUACGUGGGCUUCUGCCUGCGAGUGGGCAGCGGAGGGAAGUACUCUUUACGGGCCGCCGCUUCAGCCUACCCCAACAGCAAGAAGCACAGCAGGAGCAGGAAACCCCACGGAAGCUCCUCCCACAUGGAGCUGAAGACCAUCUCAAGCCACUGCAACGGCAACGGCCUUUCUAAUGGAGUUUCGAAGCGGCACAACGGCGACAUCCUGGAUGGAGGCUUCCUCCAGAUCGUACCCGGAGAGGCUCACUCGUCACCCAACAAGGGGCCACCUCCCCCGGCCCCUCCCCUCCCGCCAACUCCGCAACACGCCUUGUCCGAGUGUGACUUCCCCAGCGGGCUGUCGGCCACGCUGCCCAGCGUCCUGCGGAGGAUGAACGGCAACAGCUACAUGCUGCUGAGGCAGAGCGAGCCAGAGAGCUCGUCGCCGCUCUGCUACUCCUUUGCCGAGGAGCUCAACAAGAUCUUGGAGAAGAGGAAGCACACUCAGCUGCUGCCCAGGCCGGACGAGAGCUCUGUGUAGAGAGAUGUGACUCCCCCUGUGGUGGGAGGACUGAUGUGUUUUUCUAGCUGAGGCUGAAGUGCCUGUCACAUGACCCAUUAUUGUUAAGGACUAACACAAGGAGAGAGUCUUAACUACACGCUUUACUUUGGAUUUUAUUUUAUUUUUUACGAUUCCACAUCGAAACAUUGCCUCUUUUUUAACUUGUGUGCUGCUUUUUAACCUUUUUAAUUCACAAAUUUCCCAACACAUACUAAGUGAGAAUGACGGAUCAAGCAUGAAAUGAAAAGGUGCAAUCUAAGUGCCAUCUACCUCACCUUUAUGCUGCUCCGAAGGACUUCUACAAUGUCUGUAGUUUGAUCCGAGCGUCAAGGCACAAAAUGGUACACACAGACUCCAGCGAGGAGCAAAGCCCCGUGGGAAUAUAAAUACACAAGAAGAGUUCUGCCGUGUGCCGGACAAAUUUGGCUCGAUUCAAACUGGAGGGCAGCUAGCCAAAGUUUGUUUGCACUGACAAGUGUGCAGAUGGCCUAUGCAUUUUUAAACAUGGCAUUCACAUAAUAUACAUAUGUGGUGUGGACAUGGUGAGUGAGGGAAUUCAGUGUGAAAUAUUUUAAUUCUGAUUUAAUCAAUUGCAAUAUUAUAAUAAUAAGUUAGAGGGUAACAUUGGCCAUCAUUAAUAAAUGGUGAAUUAAUCAUUAUUUAAUAUUAACCUUAAUUUGGAAUUAAUUAACCACAUAGAAGAUCAUUUUUACAUUCAUUCAUUAAUUGAUGACAAUAUGUGGUGUUAAAAUUAUAAGACAUUCAAUAACCUCAACCUCAAUAAUCUGAUUUGCAGUUAAUUUUUUAAUAAUCUUAUGAGUGUUUGCAAACACCAAUAAGCAUAACUGUUAUUUGCAGCUGAAGCUCACCACUUUGCUCUAAGGUGAAGCCUCGUGUCACAAACGGGUAACAAAUAGACAUUUACAUAUACUUUAUUUGGGUCCAAAUAAAAAGUUUACUUCAUUUGGCUACCAGUCAGAAGUUUGGACACACAUUCAAUUGAAUGAAGUGAAAGUAUAUAGAUAUAUAAUUAUAUAGUAAAGAAUAACCAUGGUUAUUUAGUCUUUACAUAACUGAAAAAAAGUAUUAAAUAGUGAUUAUUUCACCAAGUGUUAAUAGACAAGCUAAAGAAAAUAUGACAGUAUUAUUGACUUUAAGGCACUUUAAGUAGUUUUAAAACUUUUAAAACAACGCUAAUGGAAGCUAUUCUGGAUGUGGAUUCUGCAACCUGUCAAGGAGCUUUUUGAUUUUCUUUUUGGCUGUUUCUCACGAUGAAGAGCCGCAGCAUCAGUGGCCACAACUUUGUCAGCUGGACCUUGUUUUACAUGAAAAAACUGACUUUCUCAUCUGAGCCUCAAUCCACAAGUGAGCAACACAGAACAUGAGACAACAGAAGAAUGACUGAGGCACAGCGUUCAUCAAAAGUAUCAGGUGUCGUGAGCACUGGUCAGUUUGAGUUCCUCUUGAACUUAAAGCUGGGGAAACCAUAAGCGAAUGAACAACUGGAAUGAGCGCUGUGUGUUUGAUGCAAACUUGUUACAUGAUAUGUAUGAUGCAUACAUAUUGCUGCAUGAAUAAUGUUUAUUUUCUUUCAUCUUUAAGUCUUUUAUUAUUAGUGUAAAGUGCCACCGUCAAUGUUUAAAAAGAGCUCUGUGAGCCUAUUUCAGGCAGAAGUGAUGGAUUUGAAAAAAUACGUGUUUUGUAAUUUUGUACAUUGUGUACAAAAUGUGAUGAAUAGAAGCACGGUAGACAAACGCAUGCAGAGGCUGUCCCAGCACCACGUAAUAUUUAUAACCGACUAAUGGGAGGAAAAACACCAAUUUACUUACUCGCUCUAAUAACUUGGGACCAUUAAGCUUGUCUUUUGAUGUGAUGUCCAGGUAUUGUUUUGAUCGCCGUCAGCAUGAACCUCAUGCACACAGCAAAUUAUUCUACAAAAUUAAACUGAGAAAAAAAGGGCACCAUGUUCAUUCACAUUUCAGUUUAUUGGUUUAAAUAAAGUUUUGUACAUUAACCUC